AUGACUCUACUACACAACUGUGACUACUUCAGUUGGGAAGCUGCUUGGAGUGGAUUCCACCGACAUAUGCUAAUGAUCCUAGCAUCGGUGUUUAAUAUCGUGGCGGGUGGUCCCAGGGACUUGACACGUUUUUUCACGAGUUUGAAAUUUUUAAUUUUUGCGUUCAUAAUACUUCAAUUCGUUUUGAAAAUAUUCGAAGACUUGGCUCAAAGAGAUAUGUUUGAUCACGUUAGGAGAUGUUAUAAGACUGGAUUUUUUGGAGUGCUGGUAUGUGCUAUAGCUCCUUAUGUAGCUUCUGCGAUAUAUGGAGUCGCAUCUGAGGAAGCAUUCCUCACUUUCCACACUUGUUCCUUUGCUUCUUUCUUCAUCUAUAUCUCAUUCAUGCUACCCAACACAUACGCCAUAAUUUGGUCUGUUGAAGACAAGCAUAGAGUAAUUGCUGGAUAUCUUCCCUCAGUUGUACAAUCGAUUCUAGUUGUAUUCCUAUUUCCUGUGUGGUAUUUCGAGGUGUGGAUCGGAAAGUAUCCGGUGGUAUACUUGCAAAUCAUGUAUACGGCGGUGCACAUCAUUAUAUUGUCGGAUUUAUUGAUUGUUUGUGUUAUUGAACGACUGGAAGACGAAGAAGAGGAUACUAUUGUAGAGAUAAUUGAUAGUGAUGAUGAAGAUGUGGAAGAUAAUGGCUGUUUCGAUCAGGAGACAAAUGAUUUGAGAUAUCAAGAUUUAAAAUGCAGCAUUUGCAAAUUAUUCUAUCACGAAUCAAUUGAGAAAAGAAUUCCGAAAAUGUUGUCAUGCGGACACACGUUUUGUUCUGGAUGUGCAAAAAUGCUUCACAAAGGAGACUACUAUGAUAGUUUCAAGUGUCCAAUAUGUAGCAAACGGACUUUCCUUGAUGAUUUGAAGAAGAACUAUGCUCUACUUGACCUCAUUCAAGAAAUAAAGCAAGAUAAGAAGACGGUACAACGGAGACGCAGUUUUUCAUAG